AAUAGACAUAAAGAUCUGUUAUUGCAAGCCGUUUGAAAAGGCUGUAACGUGACUCUCUCAAAAUGAGUAUUUCAAGAAAUACUUCACACUCUUUUGCGAGACCAGAAGAGGCACGUGUGGUCAGUAUCAAUCUAUUCUUAACUGUGGAUUUCAACCAAAGAGUUCUUAAAGGAACAGCGCAUUUGUUUAUAGAAUGGAAACCUUCAAUUAAUGAGAUAAUUUUAGAUAACUUCGGACUUGAUGUAUUAAGUGUCACAGGCAGUGAUGGAACACCUUUCAUUUAUCGUGUGGAAGAUGAUUUCGAUCAUCGUAUUAAAAAUGGUCAUGCUCCAUACAUUGGAAGUCGAUUUUCCAUACAAAUACCACAAAAUGUUGGUAGUGUUAAUACUACUUAUAAAUCUAAAUUUAGAUAUAAUAGACAUAUGAUUCAAAUUGAAUAUAAAACGAGUCCAAACUCUCCUGCAUUAUAUUGGCUAACACCGGAGCAAACUGCUGAUGGUUUAUAUCCUUUCUUAUUGUCUAAUAACAAGCUAAUUUACGCUAGAGCAUGGUUUCCUUGCCAGGACACCCCAUCUGUCAAAAUUAUUUACACUGCUAAGAUUUCAGUACCAAAAAGAUACAAAGUUUUGAUGUCCGCUUAUUUGCACGAUGUAGACUACAACAAUAAUCUAGAUCUAGACGUAUAUACAUUCAUUCAAAGUAACCGUGUACCACCUUAUGCAGUGAUUAUUGCUGUGGGCUUACUAGAGACAAUACAUAUUAGUGAAAAGACCAAAGUAUUUGCCGAAAGCAAAUUUAUUAAUGAACAUAUAGAUUAUACUUCUUAUUCGGACGGGAUUGAAACCAUGUUGCAAGUUGCCGAAAGUCUGUGUGGACCUUAUAUGUGGGGUCAUAAAUACGAUAUAUGCGUGCUUCCUCCAAGUAUCGCCCAUUUCAAAAUAGAAUGUCCAUGCGUGACAUUUAUUUCGUCAACUAUACUUGGCGAAGAUCGUACUCGUCUCAGUAAAUUCGCUCUGAACAUCUCACAGUGCUGGGCAGGAAAUUUAGUUACAUGUUCGAAUUAUGAGCAUUUGUGGCUGAAUAGGAGUUUCAGCAAUUUUAUUGGCAGGAAAAUUUAUUGCCGAAUAUUGCAAGACUGUGAAGCCAUGCAGUCUUUCUUGGACAAGAUAGGAAUCCGUGCCCUGAAGAAUAUGGUAAAGUAUAGUACUUUGAUUAGAAGUAAUAAAUAAUAUUAAUAAUUGACAAUAUUUUACUUUGUAUACGCAAUAAACACAAACGCAAACCCAUUUCUUGAAUUCUUUAUAGUGCAAUGUGAUAUUUUCUGAAAUUAUAUUACAGAUUAAAAAAUUCAGAAAUGUGGACAUGCUAGAUUGUUUAUUACCCAAUUUGACGAAUACGUCGCCCCAUGAAGCUACUGAUUAUGUGCCUUAUGAAACGGGGUGUAUGCUCUUAGGUUAUUUAGAGAAUAUAUUAGGAGGACCUUCAGAAUUCGAACCAUUCCUUAGAUCUUACUUUAAAAAAUUUAAGUACGAAAGUAUAAACACUAAGAAUUGGAAGGACUACUUAUAUGAAUAUUUUUCUAACAAAAAGGCGUUAUUAGAUGGUGUUGCAUGGGACGAGUGGUUCGACACAGUCCCUUCCCCACCUGUCUUGCAAGUAUUUACCGCAUUGGAAAUAAAUAUUAGCAAUUUAACGGUAGAAUGGGUCAACUGGGAUUAUAAACCCAUUAAUAUACCACUCUUAAUUGAUGGAAACUCCCCUAGUGACGUUCAAAUAAUGAUAUUACUACACUAUCUAUAUAAAUGUUAUGAGAAACUGACCAUAAGAAAACUGGAAGUCAUUCUUCAUCAUUACGCUCUUGAUUCCAAAAAUUGUGAAAUAAAGUUUUUUUGGUUGGUAUUGUGCAUCAAAGUUCGAUGGGACGAGAAAGUUGAAUCAGCAUUGAACUUUGCCGUUGAAUAUUGUUCGCCAAAUUAUGCAUGUCCUAUAUUUGAACUUUUGAUCGAAUGGGAAGAAAUGCGUGAACAAGCGAUCGAAACAUAUAAUCGCAAUAAAGGAAAGAUGUUGUAUGAAACCCAGGAAAGAUUAGACUUUAUUAUAUAUCUAUUUAAAUAAUUAUUUUUUUUACAAUUAAUCAAAUUUUUUUCUUAUAAGGU